UGUGCUGUUCUUUCGCUUCUUUCCAUUACUCGAAUUCUCUAUCCUACUCGUUUCAAUUACCACCAGUCGUUGACGACCCAUCAUCACAUCAACUACUCUUCACUCACAUCAUUCAUCAUGCGUUUCUCAAUCGCUCUUAUCGCCGCUGCCGCUGCUACCGUCCAGGCCGGCGUUUUCACCCAGAAGAACUAUGACGACAUCUCCAUCUCCGGUGGUGUCGCCGGUAACGCUCAAGAAGAAGCACUUGCCGUCUUCAGCGCUCUAGACACAAACAACCUAGCCGCUGCCGACGAUGCCGAUAUCGACUUCCUAAAGUCUGUCAACAGCAUUUGCAACGACGCCGAGAAGGAAGCAUUCAACCCUGCUAUCGACGCCGCUGAUGGUGAGGAGGCUGACGCUCUUCAGCGUGGUAAGAUCAAGAACAAGGUCUUGAAGCUCCAGGCUACUAUCCUUGCCCUCAUGAUCCAACAAGCGCAAGGAGAUGAUGUGGCGGAUAAGAUGGCCACGGAACAAAAGAAGCUCGACAACAAUAUUCAGCAGGACGAGGAUGAAGCCGGAAAUGCUUCAACCUUCUUGUCUUUCGAUGCUACUACCGACUAAGGUGGCUGAAGGGAUAUGAUGACGGGGGUGAAGUGACGGGUCCCAUUUUGGGUGGGCAUGAAGAUACCCAACCAACUGAUGUCCUCUGGCGGUGUAGGAUAGUUGGAUACGAGUAUGGACUUUAAUUUUAUUGAUACCGAUGGAAUGAAACAUGAAAUAAUUCAAUUGCG